AUUUAAGUUGUAAAAGUUGGUCUUCCUUUAAUUUGUACAAACCGGUACAAACACAGGUGUUAAAAUAGAUAAUUCCAUCAGGCGAGCUAAUGGAGUACAAGUAUCUUGACCAAUUAACUGAUACUACUUGGUUAGUCCAGGAAUUGGCUUCAGACAGUCAAUACGUGACGAAGAAAAUUGAGUGCAUCGAUGAGAUGGAGGCAAAUGUCUACUUCAAUAAAAUGAUCUCUUAUCAGAAGUUGAAGCACUCAUUUUUAGUCCCUUCUAAACAUAUUUACAUUAAAUGGGACGAAGAGGACUCUGCUGUUUACCUUUGCAUCAUUUCCAAGUACAUGCCCAAAGGUAGCCUUGGUCAGUUGUUGAUGAGUAAAAGGAAAGAUAUUCAAUGGUUGGAGAAGACUCUAUUACUGAAAUGGACUGGGCAGCUAAUUGAGGUAUUGGUUUAUAUGCACAGACAGAAUUAUCAGCAUAAGAGGCUUAACACUAAUAACGUCUUCCUAUCUGAAAAUGAUACCAUGUGUGUCGGUGAUUCUCCUCCAGCUUUAAGGUCUUCAAUUAAACCUGGGUCUCUUAAAUGGUUAGCACCAGAGCUUGUGGACGAUGAUGCCUCACCUUAUGGUUUUAGUUACGAUGAAAGGUCUGACAUUUGGUCCCUUGGUUGCAUCAUUUUAGAAAUGGCCACGACCGGGUGCCUAACAGAUACCGGAUUUCUUUCGCUAAUAUAUCAGCUUAGAAUCAACACCGAGGUAUUGAGUAAGAUUUUAAAGGAAGUUGAAGCCCAGUAUGGUAGUGAAAUCAGUGAUUUGAUACAAUCCAUGCUGAGGCUAAAUUAUCACCAGCGACCACUGGCGAUUGACCUUUGCUACAAGCCGAUCAUUAAAGAUUCUUUAGCCUUGUACGACUCUGGCUUGCUAAAAGAAUUAGACAUUAUCACUGAUGAUCAAGAUAUCAUAGCUACGAAAUUAAGCAGGAAUAAGUUCUCUGUUGUUGAGCAAUGUGAAGUACUUAAACAUUUGAUCCAGUUACUGCAAGGUAAUGAUUCAAUAUCACUGAAGCCAGUCUUACAGGAAUUGAUAAUUGGUUUAAGUAUUGCCAAAACUUCCUCCUCUAAUUUGAUAUGUGAGUCGUUGAGGGUAUUACAUUACGGUUCUGACAUUGAUUUAUUGUUAUCCAGUGAUCGCUACACUGAUGUUUUCUCAUUAUGUAUAGCUGCUAUCGAGUUACAUUCAAGUGACAUCAAAACCGUAAACUCAGGCUUAUCACUAUUAAAUGAUAUUACCAUCAAAGGUCAUGCCGGUGCUAAUAAUAAAUUACUAAGCACUGGGAUACUAUUAGCUUUAAUGGACACAUCAAAACGACACAAAGAGAGUUCGUGCACUCUGGAACUUGUCUUUAAAGUACUACUAAAUCUUGUUAAGCCUAUGUCUGUACUUAAUGCUUCCGUGUCCGGUGAAAUGGUUGAACUUACUUUGAGUUCACUAUCCUCUCAUAUUGAAUCUUCUUCUCUUGUCCUGUCAGGGCUUUCCUUAUUGUGGGAGUCUUGUCGCUCAGUUGAUGUCCUAACCAGAAUAACAAGUACGGCUAAUAACAUCAACUUAUUAUCAAGGAUACUCCAUGAGCACAUUCAAAACACAGACAUUAUCCUGCUAGUCAUUAAAAUGACCAUACUGAUAUGCAGUGAGAAAGACGACUUGUUUUUUGCUUUGGUUGAUUUAAAGGUGACUCCUAAUGGAGUAGCAAUCAUCAUUGGUGUUAUAAAGCAUCACGCUCUACAUGAAGAAAUAAUGGAACAAACCCUUGCACUAAUAAAUAUUAUGACCAAACACGUCGAGAUCAAACAAGAGCUGAUCCAGAAUGGCUUGAUGGAGAUAUUGUCAAAUUGUACAAGUUCAAACUGGAGAAAGGAAUUAAGAGAUUCUGUUCAUGGGCUGCUUAGUAAUUUGGCCGAACACGAAGCUUAAACUGCACCUGCAGGAUUGUUACUACUCGCAUACUACGCUUUAAACCGGAAUUCACUUAAGAGAUUACAUUGAAAGAAUUAUAUUUAUUUUAGCAAAAAAGUUUGAAAUGCAGUAGAAUCAUA